AUGGAGGAGUUCAAAGAGAAGCGAGUGAAGAAUGAAGAAGCCGUGGAUCUAUUGCCGCGAACACCUGGAAAAUGUCCUGUGACCAAAUGCGAUGCAACUGUCUUUCCCUCUAAUGUCAUGAUGCACAUGAUGGACAAACAUUCCUAUGCCGAUGGUACCACCAACUCAAAGAUCUAUGACCACAAACCAGUAGCAUUUCACUUUGAUCCCUCGAGACUUGAGUAUGGCGAAAAUCGUUGUGUAGCUACCUUGGCUUAUGGUGGCUCAAUAGAUCAGCCAGAAACGCAACCGGGUUGCGACUUCAUGAGUCUGCCGAAUGCUGCACUAAUCAACUAUCAACAUGGCUAUGACAAUUUCCUACCAAUCAUGAUGAUGGUUUGUCGAUCCAAUUCUUUUGCUCUCCUCGAAAACAGAAAGCUGCAGCAGGAACUGUCAUUGUUGAGAGGUCACAAGGCUGGCAUCUAUGUCAUCUGGCUGGUGGCACCCAAGACAACUCGCAAACUGUACUAUACUCUAACCAUUCAUGAUCGUUACUAUCACAUCUCCAGAAGUGUUAUACGUUCAGUGCGAGAUUUCUGUGCCAGCCAGAAUCCCAGUGAAUUUAUGGUCGACGAUGAUAACUAUUUGCUGCUGCGCGACUCGGAGAUACUUCAGCUCAUGAGCAAGCCCAGUACCAACACAAAGGGCAAACAGAAACGUGGCAUUCCAGUUGAGCUCAUAGUCUACCAGAACCCAAGGGACCCCGACAGUCAGUGGCAGAAAUCCGACCAUCUAAAGAAAUUGCUUAUCAAAAUGCCGCAUACAAAAGCUCAAAUACAACGCGCUAUAAAUGGAAAGUUAUCGCUAACCAAAAGACCUCUUUCAAAGACUGUUCUUUAA